AUGGGCCAUCUUUUGCAGGAGAGGUAUUUCGGAAGUGCGAACCAGCACUUGGCAAUGGGCGAGUUUGUUAAGGGGGAGGUGUGUCUUUUUUCGGCAGGGUGUGACAGAAUUGUGCUGUACAGGGUUCAGAACGGCGUUUUGGUGAAGAUAAAAGAAAAAAGAGUUUUUGGAAACAUUCUGGGGGUUGUGUCUGUGCCCUCUACGUGCGAAGAGCCGGACUCUCUUUUGGUGCACUUUGAGCACGCGCGCGUGUCGUCUGUUGUGUUUCGGGAGGAGCAGAACGAGUUUGUGUGCAAGGCGCUGCGGUUCUACGAGAAGCAGCAGUAUGGGUUUGUGACCGGGCCGGAGAAAAACAACUCGUUCAUCCGGGUGGACGAGGAGCACGAGUUUUCGUACCUGCAGAUUUCCAACACGCACUUUGCAAUUUUUUCCUCGAGCUCCGUCGGAGAAAGCAAGGUUUUCGAAAUGCAGAAGGUCCGGCCAAGGCACUGCGCAAUAAAGGACGUGGUUUUUCUCAAGGGUUAUUCCUCGCCCACGCUGUGCUUUCUCUUUGAGGACACAGUUGCGGAGCGGUCUCGGAUUCUGGUGUAUGUGCUGAACCAGGAGCGGGAGCUGGCGUUCUUCUUUGAGGUGACGUCGGUGCCCCACGGGUGCUACAUGCUUGUGCCCACGCCCGACAAGGCCUUUAUGGUGCUUGGCGCGUGCGGGGCGCUUUUCUACAGCCAGUGGGAGAUGCUUGGGGUGCGGUUCAACGACUUCUGGUCUUUUGAGACGCUUGGGAUACAGGAGAGGCUCCUGGAGGGCCGAAAGUUUAUGAUGGAGAGCGGGAAGUGCCUGGUGAAGGAGAAGGACAUUUUUGUUUUCUCGGAGAACAUCUUUCUAAGGUUCACGAUUCUGGGGGGAAACUCCCGGAUACACAACGUGAUUCCGACAAAGAUCGAGCUGGGCAUCUGCUACAACAGGCCAUACUCCACGGCGGUGCACCAGAACUACGGGUGUGUCUCCACGGCGGAAGGCAUGUUUCUUGUCACGUUUGAGGCGGAAAUCAUAACAGAGAAGGUUGAGCAGCAGCCUGCAGACGUGGUUACAGAAGAGUAUGCGAGCAUGUUUCUGCAGGACAGCUUUGGGCUGGACGAAAAUGCGCCCGCUGCAUCGGACGGGCGUGUGCAGACCAAGUACAUCACGAAGUCCGCGCGAAGAGCCCGCGAGGGCACCUCCAGCGCUGCCGAGCUUAGCCCGGGGCUUGAGGCGGGAGGCAGCGGGCCCGAGGAGAAGUCCUACGAGAGAGAGUACGAAAAAAUGUUUAAAAUGGCCGGCGAGUUUGAAAAAAAGAGCGAGCCGGUCAGCAAAGAGACAGUCACCAGCAGGGUCGUUAUUUCGCAGGCCAUUCCGUCGCUGGGCGAGGUGAUGUCCAUAGAGCCGAUUUCUCUGGUUGACAAGCAGUGCCGGUACCUGGUGGCUGCAGGCUCUCCGGGACGGCCCUUGCUUGUCGAAAUGCGCGAGGGAAUAGACCUGCUGUACACGCAGACUGCAAAGAUUCGGGGAUACUCCGAUCUGUUUGUGGUCGACGCCCAGGAAAACAUGUAUCUUAUGACCAAGGAGGGUGAGAGCGAAGUUGUGCAGUGGGCCGGGGACCUUGAUCUGGUGGAGUCGGAGAUAUCUGCGAGCAAGACGAUACUGUUUGAGCCCACGUCGUUUGGGUAUCUCCAGGUGAGCACCACGGAAAUUGUGCAUCUAACAAAGAGCUUCAAAAAGAAGAAAAAAGCUGUGCUUCCCGAGCAGGCGAAGGCUGCAAUAAACAUAGAGGACGUGGUGUUUGUGCUCGGCGCGGAGGGGGGCAUCUACCAGUAUAAAGGCGCGAAAAGGCUGAAGGUGCACAUUGAAAAGGCAGUGGCGUGCAUGGCCCUGCACGGAGACACGCUUUUUGUAGCCACUGGAGACGGUAGCCUGGUGGAGUAUUCGAUCCCAGAGCGCAGAGUUGAGAGGGAAUACAGCCUGUUUUCGGUGUUUCCUUCUGUUUUGGAGCAGGCGGACCUAAGUGUAAAUGCCAAGCACCGCCUGGCCAUAUUCGAGAUCGCGGCUGUUGAGCACAUGUCUGUGCUGUACCUGGUGGCACGCACCAUCAACAACGAAAUUGCGAUAUACAAGAAAAGGGGCGAGGUCUUCUUCAAGGAAACGGCCAGCAACAACGCAUUCUACUACGAGAGCGCAGACAAGGCAAACCGAAAGCUGAACAGGCUUAAGGUGUGCGGAGACCUGGUCUUCAUACCCGGGCACUACCGGACGAGGGUGCUGGUCUUUUCGCAGUACUCGCUAAGCCUGCACUGGGCCCGAAUGCCCAUAGAGUCGAUAGGCGAAAUAUCUGCAGGGCGCCCGGGGCCCAGAAGCUUUAUCAUCAUGGCAAAGGGAAACAUAGCCAUAGGCACCAUGCCAGACUACGAGUGCGACAAGUCCAUUCUGUACAAAAAAACAUGGGUGGACAGCAUAUGCCAGAAGGUUGCAUACUCAAGCGCGAAAAAGGUUGCGGUGGCCUCUGUCUACACGGAAAAAGAGUACACCCAGAGCAUGAUUCCCUUCACCGUGCAGGCAACCACGGAGCUGGACGCAGAGCCUGUUCCGCUGCCGUCUAUGCCGGACUCGAGCGUAAACCCGCUGACCCGCGCGUACUCUCUAAAGAUAUACUCCCUCGAGGAAAUACGGCAGUACAGCCGCAGCGACUCCGUGCUUACCGCUGUGGACGAGUAUGUCCUGGAGGACAACGAGUAUGUGGCAUACCACAUGAUUGCGAGCCUUCCAGACCAGCAGAACACAGAAGGCCACUCCGAGUUUGUGAUUGUGUGCACAACAUACAUAACAGACGAGGACCUCAUGGCGAGGGGGCGGCUGAUUGUUCUGGAAAUAGCCUCUGUGGUUCCAAAAAGAGAGCGGCGGGAAACCCGGCACAAGCUGAAGGCGCUCGCCGCCGAGAAGACCAAGGGCGCGACAACCGCGUGCGACAUUAUAAAGGGCAACAUUGUGGUUUGCGUGGGGACCAAGCUCAUGAUAUACAAAUUUGACCGGAACGAAGGGCUCAUGGCAGUGGCCUUCCACGACAUCCACGUGUUUCUCACGUCGUGCAUGGUCAUGCGGAACAUCAUUGUCUGCGGAGACGCGUACAAGGGCACGUUUCUUCUUUUUUACCAGAGCGAGCCGCCGCUUCUCCACAUGCUGUCGCAGAGCAGCGGAACCCCGUAUCUUCUGAAGGGCAUUGGCAUGACGCGGUACGGGACGUCUCUGAGCCUUAUUUCGUACGACUCUGCCAGGACCGUGUCCAUACACACGUAUGCGCCACAGCACAUUCUCUCGCAGGGGGGAACCCGCCUCAUAUCCCGGGGCGAGUGCAAGCUGCCAGACGAAAUCUCCGGGUCCAUUAAAGUGGAGGCCAACGGCAUUGUGCGGACGGUCCUUUACACAAAGAACGGAUACAUGUACUCGCACAAGGUGGUUGACCAGAGCAGGUAUGUUGCUCUUCUGGACCUGCAGCAGGCAGUCGAGUCUAGCCACUGGGUCUCGCUGGGUACAAAUCCAAAGUCGCACUGGCACUCAAACAAGCCUGCGGAAAGCAAGGAAAUCACCCUGAAGGAGGUUUUGCAGACAGGCCUUAUGGAGGAGUUCUACAGCAUGUGCAACGCGCGCGCAAACAAAAUUGCGUCUGAGUCGGGGCGGGCGUCGUCUGGCGCCGUGAAAACAGAGCUGGGCCUCUAUUAA